AUGAGGGGUAUCCGAGACAUCGGCGCUGUGAUGCGUGCAAGCUCGAAGAUGGAGCAGCUGACCACAGCAAAGGCACUAAUUCAGAAGCUGGAGAAGCAGGCGGUGAUUUCAGAUUCUGAAUGGGAGAAGUUCGAGGCAAUGGACGAAGAGGUGUUGAUGAAACACACGGACCAACCGGAUGAGCAGAGAGUCUUGUACGACUUGCAGUACCGAGCAGACAAUUUGCGCAACAAACGUUUUGUCGAGCACACACGAAGUUCGCCCAUGCUUGAUUACGAGCACGGACACAAGCCGCACCGAAGAUGGAACGUGGACUUCGAGGUAAAUCGCCCCGGCCGCUAUGCCCACAGCUUCAACAACGCCUUGCUGCGGCUGCUGUGUGCUGUGCGCCAGGACAAGGCCGCGGAUCGCUGCUACAGACAUGCUCCGGACAUCCAGCUAGAAGUUGAAGCAGGCACACCGCUCAUACUGGCCCACCAUAAGAUCGGCCUGCAGAAGGUGCUGGCAGAUGUCCCAGAGUUUCGUGGUAUAUUAGCCCAGGGCUCCGUUCAACGAGGAACCUCCAUCGAAGACUGGGGCGGCUUCGAGUGGGGUUCUGCAACUUCCAGCGACCUAGAUUUUGUGGUGCUCUUUGGUGGUGAGGCCACAGCCGACAACCUUUGCCGGCUCAAGGACAUGUUGGGGGCGCAGUCGGAGAAAUCAUCUCUGAAGCCAGGGCGCUAUGGGCUGCAGGCGGACUUGCCGCUUCAGGAAGGUGCCAGUAUCUCCGUCGACAUUAUACCGGCAGUUGCAGAUCCGCAAGGCGGUCACUGGAUUUGGGAUUCCGUAAAAAGACAGCUUCUUCACAACAACCCUGGUGCUAUGGCCGAGCACGUAAGAGAGGCGAUUCGCAGAAACGUGGGCCUGGCAGAUGUCGUUGUCUUAUGCAAGUUCUGGAACAAGCGGAAAGCCGUGAAGUGCGAUGAUGGCCAAAAGCGGGCACCCUUCACUUCGAAUCACCUCGAGCUGCUCUUGGCCCAGCUGCCCGGGCCCCUACCUACACGCUUGGAUGAGGCCUUUCUGCAGGCUUUGGGCCACUUGCGGAGGAACCUGUUGCAAACGACGGUUCCGGAGCACUGGACGGGAAAGCCGGCGGAAGAGUACCUGCGGCAUGAUUCGAAGCGCUGUGCCAACACACGCAGCUUGCUCAAGCGCCAAGAAGCCUGUUUGCAGAAGGUGCUCUCUUCAGAUUCGGCUGAUCCAGUUGCCUGGUCCAAAGUGCUUGGAGAUGCUGGGCUGCUUGUCUUCAUUCUGACCUGCAUGCUGGCGCUGAAGUUGUUGUUGUGGCUGGCUGAUCCACCAGGGGCUUUCCUGGAUGACGAGGAAGCGCGUGUGGAUUAUGUGUCUGAGAAGAGGAACCGGAAACCCAAGUUGUGA